AACAGCCUUGACCUGUUGAACUUGGACUUCCUCACACUUCAGUUUCUUGCACCUUAAUCCCGGCACCUCCGUGUCUAUCCCUAGCCUCAAUUGCCUUCCACUCUCUCGUCAGUGGUGCGGUUCACUCAUUUUGGACCCGUUUUCUUCUCCUAUGGAUCAUUCUCUGUAUCAUUAGCUCACCAUCAACUCCGACAUCAUGUAUCGCUAUGCUGCGGGCAAGCUCCCUUUGCGGGCUGCGCAAGCUUCAAGGACUUUCUGCACUUCGUCUAGCUUCCGGGUAGUCUCUGGAAGUCGUCAGAAUGCCCUCGUUGCUGGGAGGAAACCGCUAGCUGUCACGGCUCAAAGCUCAAUGCAGCGCAGGAGCUACGCCAUGACAGCUGAAGAGUCCAACAAGGGAGUGGAUCCUAACGACUCCUUCCUCCAAGGCAACACUGCCAAUUACAUUGACGAAAUGUACAUGGCAUGGAAGCAAGAUCCCUCGUCCGUCCACGUUUCGUGGCAAGCCUACUUUCACAACAUGGAAGAAGGGACUAUGCCGGUGUCCAAAGCCUUCCAGCCUCCUCCGGGCCUCAUUUCCCAAGCCGAAGGGGCAGCCAGCCUCGCUCCAAGCGCAGUCACGGGCACUGCAGGCGAAGACGUCACAAAUCACUUGAAGGUUCAAUUGCUUGUCAGAGCAUACCAAUCUACCGGACAUCACAAAGCCAAGACCGAUCCUCUUGGUAUUCGUGGCGAAGCCGAAGCAUUUGGAUACCGCAGACCAAAAGAGCUGGAGUUGGACCACUAUGGCUUCACGGAGGCCGACCUAGACCAAGAAUUUGUUCUCGGACCAGGCAUUCUUCCCAGAUUCGCCACAGAGUCGCGACCGAAGAUGAAGCUACGCGACAUUAUCGCUGCGUGCGAGAAGAUCUAUUGCGGCUCAUAUGGCGUUGAAUACAUUCAUAUUCCGGAUCGAGAGCAAUGUGACUGGAUCAGAAACAGAAUCGAAGUGCCCACCCCGUACAAGUAUUCUGUGGAUGACAAGCGCCGCAUCCUCGACAGGCUGAUUUGGAGCUCCAGCUUUGAGGCUUUCCUGGCCACAAAAUACCCCAACGAUAAGCGUUUCGGAUUGGAAGGUUGCGAGACUCUCGUUCCGGGCAUGAAAGCCAUGAUUGACAGGAGCGUGGACUAUGGUAUCAAGGACAUUGUCAUUGGGAUGCCUCACAGAGGAAGACUGAACGUUCUAAGCAACGUCGUCCGCAAGCCCAAUGAGUCCAUCUUUAGUGAAUUUUCGGGCACCACCGAGGCAAGCGACGAGGGCUCUGGCGACGUCAAAUACCAUCUCGGAAUGAACUUCGAACGGCCGACACCGUCUGGAAAACGUGUCCAGCUGUCUCUUGUCGCCAACCCCUCUCAUUUGGAAGCCGAGGAUCCCGUUGUGCUGGGAAAGACUCGGGCCAUCCAGCACUACAACAACGAUGAGAAGAAACACCAAACGGCCAUGGGCGUCUUACUUCACGGUGACGCUGCCUUUGCGGCUCAAGGUGUCGUCUACGAAACUCUGGGUUUCCAUGCUCUUCCUGCUUAUUCCACCGGUGGUACCAUCCACAUCAUCGUUAACAACCAGAUUGGGUUCACCACCGAUCCUAGAUUCGCGCGAUCGACCCCUUAUUGCUCGGAUAUUGCCAAGGCAAUUGACGCUCCCGUUUUCCACGUCAACGGGGACGAUGUGGAAGCCGUCAACUUCGUUUGCCAACUGGCUGCCGACUGGAGAGCUGAUUUCAAAAAAGAUUGCGUCAUCGACAUUGUGUGCUACCGGAAACAAGGCCAUAACGAGACGGAUCAGCCAGCCUUCACUCAACCGCUCAUGUACAAGCGAAUAGAGUCCAUCAAACCUCAAAUCGACAAAUAUGUUGACAAGCUGAUCCAAGAAGGCACGUUUACCAAAGAAGACAUUGACGAGCACAAGAAAUGGGUGUGGGGCAUGCUCAAUGACAGCUUCGACCGAAGCAAAGACUAUCAACCUACAGGCAAGGAAUGGCUGACCUCCGCCUGGAACGGCUUCAAAUCGCCCAAAGAGCUUGCCACUGAAGUCCUCCCCCAUCCGCCCACCGGAGUUCCUUCCGAGAUGUUGAAGGAGAUAGGAUCAAAGAUUGCUGAGGCCCCCGAGGGAUUCACCGUCCAUCGUAACCUCAAACGUAUUCUUGCAGGUCGCAGGAAGGCAGUUGAGGAAGGUCACGGUAUUGACUGGGCGACGGCCGAGGCCCUUGCUUUCGGCACCCUUUGUCUGGAAGGUCACCAUGUUCGUGUCUCCGGCCAGGAUGUCGAGCGAGGCACCUUCUCCCAACGUCAUGCUGUUUUGCACGACCAAGAGACUGAAGCGACGUGGACCCCUCUCAGCAAUCUCUCCAAAGAGCAAGGAGCCUUCACCAUCUCCAACUCUUCUUUGAGUGAAUACGGUGUUCUAGGUUUCGAAUAUGGCUACUCGCUCUCCUCACCUAACGCGCUUGUCAUGUGGGAAGCGCAAUUUGGUGACUUUGCCAACAAUGCUCAAUGUAUCAUCGAUCAAUUCAUCGCGUCAGGAGAGGUUAAGUGGCUGCAAAGGUCUGGUCUCGUUUGCUCUCUUCCUCAUGGUUAUGAUGGGCAGGGACCCGAGCACAGCAGUGGCCGUAUGGAACGGUAUCUGCAACUUUGCAACGAGGAGCCCCGAGUAUUCCCAUCUCCAGACAAGCUCGAUCGACAGCACCAGGAUUGCAACAUGCAGGUCGCAUACAUGACGACACCUUCGAACUAUUUCCACAUUCUCCGACGACAAAUGAACAGGCAAUUCAGAAAACCAUUGAUCAUAUUCUUCUCCAAAUCUCUUCUCCGCCAUCCUAUCGCGCGCUCUGAUCUGGAGGACUUCACGGGUGAAUCCUACUUCCAAUGGAUCAUCCCAGAUCCUGAGCACGGCAAGGGAAUUGCUGAGCCAGACGAGAUCGACCGGGUCAUCCUAUGCACUGGUCAAGUGUAUGCAGCGUUGCACAAGCACCGCGCCGACAAGGGUAUCAAGAACGCUGCCAUCACCCGUAUCGAGCAGCUGAACCCCUUCCCAUGGGCCUUGUUGAAAGAGAACCUUGACACCUAUAAGAACGCCAAGACGAUCGUCUGGUGUCAGGAGGAACCUCUCAAUGCUGGAGCAUGGAGCUUUGUCCAACCACGUAUUGAAACGCUGUUGAAUCAGACAGAACAUCACAACAGACGGCACGUCAUGUACGCAGGUCGAGACCCUAGUGCGUCCGUGGCGACGGGUCUGAAAGCCACUCACGUCAAGGAGGAGCAGGCGUUGCUUGAGGAAGCAUUCUCGGUCAAACAGGAUAAGUUGAAGGGCGAAUGACUGGCCGACGGUGUGACUGGGGCGAAGGCGGUAGAGGGAUGAUAAUGAUGAGAUGCGAGAUCUGUCAUGUGAGUAGGAGGUUGUGAAAAACGUCGCUGUAAGCGUGGUGGGAGUGAUCAAGACCGGGUCCGAGGGCUGAGCAUUGCGCAGGUGGUAUGGUCCUUGCGGGACUCCAUCAUCAGCAACGCCUUGCUUGCACCGACCCGGAUUGCUACUUCCACAGCCUUGCAGAUAUCAGUACAAUUACCGAGUGAAAGGAAUAGGCGCUAGCUUUUGUUUACUUAUUAUCAUCAGGCUAGCAAGUUGACAUCGAGAUAUCCUAAAAUUGAAACGCACAACUGGUGUUCUUCCACAGA